AAAAGAGACGCCUCACCUUCCUUCUAUUCUACUCCUUCACUACAGAGCUCUGAAGAGAGAGAGAGAGAGAGAGGGGGCGAUGGAGAAGAGCACUCCGGUGAGGAAAUCGCACACCUACACGGCUGAUCUGCUGACGUGGAGGGAGGCGCCGGCGCCGGAGGAGGCGGCGCCGCCCGUUUCCCGGCGGCCGCAUCAGCCAUCGGAGGCGAUCAGCAAGGUGGUGUUCGGGGGCCAGGUGACGGAGGAGGAGGCGGAGAGCCUGAACAAGAGGAAACCUUGUUCGGGUCCCAAGUGGAAGGAAAUGACUGGAAGCGGCAUAUUCGCAGCGGAGAGUGAAGAGGAUGAAUUGGACUCUGGCUCUGCUUUCUCAAGCCCGAACACUCGGACAGGGUCACGAGCCUAUCAGCAAACACUUACCGCUAUCAGCCAGAUCUCAUUCAGCGCCGAAGAAAGUGUUUCACCUAAAAAGCCAACCUCGAUUGCUGAGGUGGCAAAGCAGCGAGAGUUAAGUGGAACUCUUCUUAGUGAGCUGGACAAUAAAAUGAAAAGACAGUUAUCUGCCGCUAAAAGCAAAGAACUUACCGGACACGCCGACAUCUUUGGUCCUCCCCCAGAAGACCCACCCAGGUCUUUGGACGGGCGGAACUCGGAGACGGACAAGGUCAAUGGAGAACCUGCUGCACAGAAUUCACACCCGUCUAUGAAUAUCUCUAAUCCGGCUGGAGGUGCUAGCAGUUUCGUAUUCGGUGAGAGCACUGACACCAUGACCAAGACGGCUAAGAAAAUUCCAACUCAGAAAUUCACGGACCUCACCGGCAAUGACAUCUUCAAGGAAGGAAACACCCCGCCAGGAUCCGUCGACAAGUCGCUAAGCGUUGCAAAGCUUAAAGAGAUGAGCGGCAGUGACAUCUUCGCCGACGAGAAGGCCGCGUCCCGAGACUACUUUGGCGGGGUCCGCAAGCCGCCCGGCGGCGAGAGCAGCAUCGCUCUGGUUUAGACAUUCUAACCGAAACGAUUAGCUUGCGUCGGCUUUUUCCUCCUGAUUUUAGUGAUUAAUGGUGUUUAUAUGGACUGAUUAAAUGGUUGUUCUGUUUCUUGAUCCGAGUCAAGGUUUCUAAGCCUUAAUUUAACAACCUGAUGCAUGUGAGUUUGUGUGUAAUGUGUUUGUAUGGUUUGGUUGUGACAUACCUAAUGUGACAGCCAAAUGAUGUGGUGUUAUCUAAUCUUCUGGGACUGGACUUUUAUGAUAUGGUUUUAGUGGUUUUUGUAUUUUGAUUAUUCUGAUUUUGGAUUGAGAUUUAUAAAUAGUGAUGUUGCUCUUUUA